AAGGAGUCGAACUGUAAAUUAUAAAGAUCGAGGACUAGAAUUUAAACAUAGCUAUUACUUGAGAGACUAUUUUGUAAUCAUCACCUCAUUCUCUUGCGGGCAGCUUUCUCUACCAUGGCUUCCAUGUAUACACCGCCACCAAAACCCUAACAACGCCGCCGCCGGCUCUACUAAGGCGUUAAACCACCGCCGGCUACUAUUGAGGCCGAUAAAAAUCGCCACACUCUCGUGUGGACAUCUUAUCACUCUACAAUGGAUCCUACAUCCACACACAACCACAAAAACCCUAGCACAUCCGACGCCUCCCUGAAAUCUGCUCCGGAGGACGAAUACCUCGCGUGUUCUACUUAUCUAUCUCGUCAACAAAUUCUGCGACGACGAUCGCACCACCUGAAGCAACUGACGAAAUGUUACCGUGACCAAUAUUGGGGACUUAUGGAGGAACUUAGAGUUAAGCACAGGGAAUACGUGUGGAAAUUCGGUAGGAAUCCGUUCCAAGAGGAGCCUAAUCAAGACGACAAAGAUAAUGUCAAAGAGGAGGAACUCAAAGACGCAAUUGACGACGGAAUUGUCGAAUCCGGCGAUGGAGACGGCAAAAGCAAUGGCUUCAUCUGUACUUCCAGUGGAUGUACUCUGAAGGCCAUGAUUUUGACCAAAUUUUGUCGUCUCCAUAUUCUAUCAGACCCGAAGCAACAACUCUACAAACCUUGCGAGUAUGUCUCUAAAAGCGGACAAGAUGCAAAUGGGAUAUGUGGGAAGCCUGCACUACGCUCAAUGGUGCCUUCUCUAUGCAGUGGUCACUUCCAGCUUGCUCAAGAACAUGUUAUUCGUGCCUUGAGGAAGGCAGGGCUUGACAUUACUUCUACAACGAAUAUUGCUCCAAAAUUACAUGUUGUUGUGGCUGAAUAUGUUCGAGAGAUUCAGGAAAGAAGGAGGAUUGCUUCAAGGGUGAAUAGGAAAAAGAUCAUGCCUAAGGUUGAAACUGAGAGCUGACUGCAGGUAGGUAAUCAAUCAAUUAUCAUACACAGGUUUUGCAGUGUUUUGGACUUUGGUAGUGUACAGAAGUUUAAAGCAUAGUUGUAAAUCAGAUCUUAUUGGUGGGUAAAUGUUGAAUGAAAAAAUGAUUUGGCAAUCGGUAGAUGAAAGUUGCAAAUUUGAUGAAAAAGUGUCAGGUUUUAACUCUACUCUCUUUGCACAUAUUAUAAUUGGUUGAGUAUGUUUUAUUGAUUGUGUGGUUAUUAUCUACUGAUAACCUAUGGAAUCAAGUGUCGAAUUAGUGAUGAUGAAUGACCAAGUUUUAGGUAUUUUUUGGUAUGGUAGAAUUAAUGUAAUGAUUCGUUCUAUUAGAUUGAUAGAAAAGUUGUUUGUUUGUGUGAGAUGUAAUGGGAUGGAGGUGAAAACACUAUCUCAAGGAAGAGGAAAGGAUCACCUCUACGAUGAUGGGAUUGGUGUUGUGAAUUGUGAGCCUAUUGGAGAAUAUAAUUG